CCUGCAGCCGCCAUUUUGCUGUGGUCUAAACAGCACGUCUGCGGCAGUCAACGAACCGGGCCGGGGUCUUUCCAACAUUACACAAGUUUCUAAAAAAUUUUUUUUUAAUCUUUAACGGGUAAUUAAGAUCGCAUACCUUGUCUACAUAAUACCUUCGGUUGUUGCAUUGUAGUGUUCAAAUAUAUAGGCGAAUACCACGACAAUUGCGACACAAAAAAGCCGUCUUAACAAAUAGCUAGCUAGCUAAUGUAAGGUCGCGAUAUAUUAGCUAGUUGUUGAGGUAGGCCUCUUCUAUGUAGCACGAGCUAAAAAUACUUCUAGACUAACGGUAGAUUAGCACAAUAUGUCUAAUAUGGCUAACAAUUAGUCAGGCUACACGCUAUUGUUUUUAUAUUUUCUAAGUCUAAUAUUUGCCGAUCUUUCCGUCACUGUUGGGAAUCGCUCGUAGUUUUUUUCCAGCUAACUUUGGGCUAUUUUUGUUAUUCAACAGUAAGUAUCUGAUUUUUUUUUUUUUUUAAACCUGUCUUUGGUUUUAACCUUUGACCAUAUAUACUUUAAACCAAUACUAAAGGUGACUUGUAACAUAUAUUUGCCGAUUCUUGUUAACGUUAGCUAGCUGUCUCAGAUAUUUUAGCCCGUAGCUAACUGAUUAGCUAACGACUUCUGUGGUUGUGGCUCCAGGGGAAGUAUUUUUUAUUUGUAAUGCUAGUGAAUCAUUUUGUGAAUCCUUAAUUACAUCCCAGUGUAAGUGAUAUUUUGCCUCUGUAGAGUGUAUUCUCCUGUUCCUUAAGAUGGAAGCCAGAGCUGUUCGUCAAGCUGAUCAUGAGUGUCAAACUAAGGACUCCAUGUCUUGGGAAAAUAAACACCCCAAGUCUGUACUCCAGAAAGUCAUUAAUUUGGAUACUUGAAAUGUAUAAACAUUGGCAGAUGAUGCCAAUGUUUGUGUUGACAAAAGUGAUAAUGUAGUGACACUGAGUCCGUCCACUGUACUGGACCUCUGUUAUAACCAAAUUCCAGUUUGCUCUGGAGACAUUGUUGAGCGCAUAUCUGUCUCACUGUACUGUACCUGUGUGGAAAUGUCCAAAUUGUCUCCUUUGUAUUUGUGCACACCUUUCUGUCUCUUAAUAACACCUUUUUCAGUUCCCUGGGGAGUGUUUUUGAUUGAUUUGUAGGUUUAAAACCAUCAUCUUGGCCCUUUGUGGGAGUCCCUGGAAAUGGAUAGCUUGCCCCCAUGAGAAUACAUUGGCAGAAGAUGUAUUUUUUUUCUUCUCUUCAGCAAUGGCUGAAAAUCUCUAGAGGCUUGAAUAUCCUGUUCAUUUUUUUCUACUGCCAUCACGCAAAUGUCACCAAGCGUGCAAAAUUUCACCGAGUCCAAGAAGAAGCUGAGGAUUGUUUUCCCACCGUCCAGCCAUCCCCUUUUUGCCACAUCAAUAUAAGCAUUUUUGGAUCUAUUUUUCUUUCUUUCAUUAGUUAUACCAAUUAAUAAAAAAAGAAUUAAAAAAAAAAAAAAUCCCCAAAGGACUCUCUUGCAUCCACCAUCAGUAAUGUUUAGCAGUCUGGCGGAGAUGUCUCAGAGUCUCUGAAAAGGCAUGUCGUAGGAAGACAAGUGUCUCUGGGCGACCCACCCCCCUUUUCCUCUUAUCUCACGGAUCAAGUGUUCCUUCAGGACUCUAUACCACCGCGGAGACACCCUACCAGCAGUGCGCUCAAGAGGGAGACAACUUCUCAGCCACCUCAGAGAACCAGCUGCUGGGUUUAAAGGUCCUAACCGCAACCUCCGCCACUCAAGACGCAUACCAGCAUUACUAUGACCAACCAUGGAGAUGACUGCUACUUCUUCUACUAUUCCACUUGCACUAAAGGAGACAGCUGCCCUUUCAGACACUGUGAGGCGGCUAUGGGCAGUGAGAUCGUCUGCAACCUCUGGCAGGAGGGACGCUGCUUCCGUGCCCUCUGCAAGUUUCGCCACAUGGAGAUAACAAAAAACCGAAAGGAGAUAUCUUGUUAUUGGGAGAACCAGGCAGCCGGCUGCCAAAAGCCACACUGCGCCUUCUUCCAUGAAAAGCCCCGCUACAUCGAUGGCAUCUUUGUCCCACCUGAUAAAAGUCUAAGCAAAAAAGAAGAACAGCCCCAUGAGGAGCCGUCCCCCCCGCCACCUGCCCCCCUCCCCGCCGCAGCCAAUCCCCAGCUCAGAGGAAUCAUCAAGACAGAGAACCAGGAGCCAGUACCGAGCCCCACACACCCACCAGUGGUGAUCAAUCCAGCAGAUGAUGAUGAGGAUGAAGAUGACCAGUACUCAGAGGAGGGAGAAGAUGGAAAGGUUGGCUCUUCUCCUAGAAAACUAGCCAAAUCAGGUGAGUCACUGAACUUCGGAGUGAGCACCCUGGAGGAGAUCCGGCUGAGGAAGGCCCUGAAGGCCAGCAUGAAGAGAUCUGGUUACCCAAUCCAGAGUGCUGAUACUUCAGCCAAUGGAGAGAAAGAAAACAUCCAGUCAUUCUUUCGACCACCCCUCUACGGAGAGGGAGAUGGCCCGCUUGUCUUUGAAGAACCUGGGAGACCACGAGGCAGCGUGGUUGAAAGGCUCGGAAGGAAGAUGCCCAACACAGAUGUGAACAUUGUAAAAGGUGUCCCACUGAGAAGGAGUCUGGCUGGGCGUCUGGGCCGAGUUGUCGAUGAGGAAGAGACAAUAAUGCCCCCCCAGAAAGCUUUCAAACCAAUUAAGGAAAGACUUGGACUGCCUCGGUCUGUUGCCCCCGCUGAACCAGCUGUGGCUAAAGUUGAGGUAAAAGGAGCUCCUGAGCAGAUUCGCAUCAAAACCCUGGAGGAGAUCAGACAGGAGAAGGCAGCAAAGUCUCAGAGCCAGAAAGAUGAAUCUUCAGCUGUGGCUUCAGAAGUCAACACCGCCAAAACGACCAAGGGUGUCAAGCGAGCCAUCAGCAUCAAAGACAAGUCCAUUAGCCACGUCAAAAUGUUCUCGGAGGUCCUCGGUGCCAAGAAGAAAAGGCAGGAGGAACCGGAACACAACACCAGCCCCAAGAAACCCAAGCACACUAUGGAGAAAGCUCCAGGCAAGAGCCUGGCAGAGUCUGACCCAGCGGGUCCUGAUCCUGAGGCUACAAACGUCGGGGGGAUUAAAGUAAAGACCCUGGAGGAGAUCCGCAGGGAGAAGGCAGCAAAGAUUCUGGCUCAGUCGGCCCCGGAGGGCAAAGACAAGAAGGGUUCUGAUACGGAGGUGAACGACGUUAAGAAGCCUCGCCUGCUGCGCAUCUCGAAACUGGCUCCCCAAAGCAGCGUCACAACAACGAAGAGUGCUGAAAUGCAAGAAAAGCCACUGAAAACUCCUACUGCUGCUCCUGAGCCCAGUGCUGCCACCAGUAACAAUGUCAAGGUGAAGACCUUUGAGGAGAUCAUGCAGGAGAAGCGUCUUCGCAAGCAGGAGAUGGAGGAGCAGGCCAAAGCCUCGGCUGAAACGGAGCCUUCUCCGAAACCGGCCGAUGAAGUAACCCUGAAGAGGAAGGUUCCUGCUAGAGUCAGCUUUACAUGCCCAGGCUCCUCAUCACCUUCCUCCACCCCUCUGGCCCCUGACUCUACCCCUUCCACCCAAAAACAGAUCCCCCUUAAAUUCAAGGCUGCUUCCCCUGUAAACGGCACUGCUUCUGGUACAAGAGGUGCUGCUGUUCCAGCUGCAAGCUCUUCUCGACUGGAGGCUGAGCCCAUGUCCGACUCCCCGAGCCCCAGCGGCUCGGGGGAGGUCCCAGACAAAAACACAAAGAGUUCCACUGCAGCCAAGCAGGCCAGAGCAGCUCCUCGGGGUCCUGCUGCAGGGGCCCGUAAUUCUGAAAAAGCAUUGAUCAAUAAUCAGAAGAAAUCCCCAGAACACACUGCAGACCCCAAAGUGAGGCCCAAGCUGAACGUGAAGCCGUCUGUGGUGAAGCCAGCGGUGCAGGUGAAGCCAGGCCAGAAGAGGAGGGGAGCAGAGCGAUCAGCUGUUGCUGCUGUUAAACCUCUGAACAGCGCCUCCACAGUGCUAAAGGAACCACAGCAGGAGACGCCCUGCAGAGACAGACAGGAGUCCCCGGCCUCCAAGGCAGAGGCUCAGCUGAGCUCUGCUGUUCCCCAAAGUCCGAGCACGCUGUUGGACUCCUCCGGCUCCAGCCCACCAGGAGAGGAGCUCCAGACUGUCCCUGUCUUCAAGCGGAGCAAAGAAACCAAGCCGACUGUCAACGUUGCUGCUGCCAGAGAGGCCUGCACUGUCCCCCAAAGCCCAGUCCCGAAGACUCCCACUCAGCCCAAGUCCCGGAGACUAAGCGCAGCCGCGUCACGCACCAUCUCCACCUCCAGUGCUGCUGGCUCGUCCUCCUCUGCCGUGGACGACUUCGAGGAGCUGAUCAACCAGUUCACCGACGACCAUCUGGAGGGAGACGUGGACCCUGGCAUGGAAGAGGACGACCUGCUGCAGGAACUGUCAAAAAUGAUUGGCAGCUGAGGGCUCCGUCCAGCACAAUCAGCACCCCGCCCCCAAACAACCUUGUCGAGGAAACACCGUCAGCCACUAGCUACCAUGGAACGUUUUAAAGAUAUUAUUUUCUUAAAAAGGUUCAACUUAUUUAAGCUUUUGAGUCAUGUUUGUUUUUCUUUACAUGUUAGACAUCCUGCUACUUGUUCAUUUCCUUCACAUGUGAUCAUCUGCUCACCCCAAGGGUUAUUCUGCAGGGCUUAUUUUUCAAUUUUAUUAUGUAUGUUCAUGAUCAUUCGGGUCAUGAAAAGAGAAAAUGUAAAAAGCUUUUGGUGCUGUGAGAUGUUAAGAACAUUAUCAUUUUGUCAAGAAUCCUAGAAGACAUUAAAUCUUGGGAAGGAUGAAUGAGUCAUUUUAGAAGAAGGUCCUAUCUGUGUACUGUGUAUGCAAAGGGAAGUAUAGAAAUAAUUAAUUCUGCUGCACUUGCAGUAGCCUGCCCCCAACUACUUGUGUUUUUGUUUUUAUGUCUGUGAGUGGACAAAGACUGCUGUUGCCCGGCUAGUUCCCAGAUUAUAGAUCAUGACAUUUAAAUCUAUCAUUUUUAAUUUAACAAGGUUCCUGUCAACAAAGCUCAGGUCAGAGCCUGAGAGGAAGUUACUAUCAAGCUAAUCAGCCAUGUUAUUGUCGGGAUCGUAUUAGCCAUCAAGGGUAUGUAGUUUAUAGAUUUUCCGCUCAGUGCACCUUCUACCAGUGGCUGUUCCUUAGUGUUUUUAUAAUGCUUGGCAGGAAAUGUUUUUUUUUUUUUUUAACCAGUUCUUUUAUUCAGUGGGCAUACUUUGAAACAACUAGUCUGGAAUAAACGUGCAAGUGCUCUCUGGGCUUUGUUAAUGAACACCUCAGGGACUGUUUUCAUGUUCCUGAUAUGAUUGACAAACACUGUAUUUGAAUUCAGCAAUGCUGUCUUUAGUUGUCUUGUUCUCUUUGGUGUUAGCAUUGGUUUAUCCAUGUGGUCUGAGAAAAGAUCAACUUGUUUUUUGGUCUUAACAUGUGUUUGCUCUGUCCUGACCCUUUUCCACAAGCUUGCUAUUCAAAGGGACUUGUACAUAUUACUGUGUAAAUAAAAGUGCUUUUAAUGAC